AUGGCGCGCUUGCUGGUGCUGGCAAUUGCGCAGCUUGUGGUGGUGUGUGUGGCGGGAUCCGGGCACUCGUGGGAGCCCGUUGAUGAAGAUAUUGACAUCAUGGCCCUGAUCGAUGACGAGCCCGAAGGAAUUGCAAUGAUCCAGCGAGAUGCGCGGCUGACAGCUGCUGCGGCUGCGGGCUGCAGUGGUGACGACAACUGCCCCGAGGCAGGCAUGCGAGAUUCUGUGUAA